AAUGACUUUACGAUUGUUCUGUAGUGCUGCUAAUGCUGGCAGAUUCAAAUCCUCCAAUCUUCCAGGUCUUGGUAACAAAAUAACAUUCAUCAAGUCACAUCUUCAUAAAAGGCAGUUAACGUCUGGCAGCGGUGGCACCACAGAUGAUAAUUUAAAGUCAAUUUUUGAGAAAUUAAAAAAUACCCGACUUAUAAAUUCAGCUCUGGAGGUACCUCACGAAUCAGACAUUGUCAUUAUUGGAGGAGGAGCCAUAGGAAUGUCGUCCGCCUUUUGGAUGAAGCAAAACAACCCUGCAGGCUACUCUGUCACUCUCAUUGAAAAAGAUCCCACAUACUCAAAAGCAUCUACCACGUUAUCAGUGGGAGGUAUCAGGCAGCAAUUUGGAUUAAAAGAAAACAUCCAGAUGUCUCUCUUCUCUGCUGAGUUUUUUAGGAGAAUUAAAGAACAUCUGUCUGUUUUAAGUUUGGAUCCUCCAGAUGUUUGUUUUAACCACCAGGGCUACUUGUUUCUUGCCACUAAAGAGGGCGAACAACAGUUGAAAGAAAACUACGAGACUCAGAUAUCCCUAGGCGCCAAAGUUGAUUACAUGAGUAGAGACCAGCUGAAACUGAAAUUUCCUUGGAUGAAUGUUGAUGAUGUUGAAGCUGGUUGCUAUGGGAUACAGAACGAGGGUUGGUUCGAUCCCUGGCUCCUCCUGGCAUCCCUCAAGGUCAAGGCAGCAUCCCUCGGUGUCAACCUGGUUACUGGAGAGGUAGUCGGUUUUGAAACUGAAGCUACCAAAAUCAAUUCUCCUGUCACACAAUCCUAUGAGCAAAGACCACUGCUCAGAAGUGUUAAGGUAAAGACACCAAAUGGUAAAGUUCACGAUUUGAAGUUUGCGAUGGUUCUGAACUGCGCUGGAGCUUGGUCAAGUGAGAUUGCAAAAAUGGCCGGCAUCGGUGUUGAGAAAGAGGGCCCUCUGUCGUUUGCAUUGCCAGUUGAACCCAGACUUCGGUAUGUGUACGUUUUUCACUGCCCUGAUGGACCAGGCCUCCAAACACCCAUGCUAAUCGAUCCAUCCGGUGUGUACGUGAGGCGAGAGGGACUAGGGGGCAUGUAUGUUUGUGGAGCAUCCCCUCCCCAGGGCGAGCCGGAACCAGACCCCAACCAGACGGUUGCUGAUGAGGAAUUCUUCAAAAACCACAUCUGGCCAGCUCUUGCUCGAAGGGUGCCUGCUUUUGAAUGUUUGAAGUUGACAGGAUCGUGGUGCGGACAUUACGAUUACAAUUACUUUGAUGGCAACCUCAUCAUAGGCAACCAUCCCUACCAUCGAAACUUCUUCAUGGCAACGGGGUGCACGGGGCACGGCAUCCAACAUUCACCCGCCAUCGGUCACGCAAUCAUGGAGUACAUGUUGAGAGAUGACUAUGUCACUAUCGACCUCUCACGGAUGUCGUUUGACCGUAUCAUGGAUGGAGGGAAACUGAUGGAGCCAUUAAUUGUUUAAUUAACAUGAUAUUAAUGUUGUAGUCAGAUAAUUUAAUUGUUACUUAUAUAUAUUGUUAGUGGGUGAGCGCAUGUAGAUUGUUUGCAUGUUGGUGUGAGUGUUGUUCAAUGUUCGUUCAUUUUUUUUCAAGAAAUUUAAUUCCUGUUGUAUUUAUUUACUUGAUUGUUUGUUAAUCAUUUCUUUAUUAUCAUUAUUUGACGGAUGUUUUACGUAUAAUUUUGCUCUUAAAUGGUUAAAAAAAUUUUUAUUUAUCAUGGUGAAAUAAAUAUUUGUAUU